UUAGAUACGUGAUGUGCACUUCUGACUAAAAAAGUUAAACUCUUUCCUCUUUCACUCUUAUCUUUGUCACUAAGAUCGAUUGCAUGUUUAUAAACCAUUUGAUGAUAUGUUUAAUACAAGCUAACGUAUAUAUGUGUAUGUUUGUUUGUGGCUUUUUUAUCUUUCGAAACACCAUUUGUUCCAUGAAAUUACUCCAAAGAAUCAUUUUUUUACUACCUAAUAUACACACCAAAUGUUAAUCUUUGUCUUUUGCCUCAGGUGCAUCAAUACUUUAAAGCAUUGCAUAGGUAAAUUCAUGACAUCUAUUUGGCUUGAUAUGUAAUUUCAAGUUGUUUUGGUGGAUGUUUAUUGCAUUUUUUUACAGAGGUCAAAAUGAGCUAAUGGCUCAAAGACAACCAAAUUUAUCCAAUAAUACUUUGAUCCUAUAAGUAGAAAAGGUGUGUUUAUUAAUUUUGUUUAUAACUACCAUUAUUUGGGAUGAUUUAUGUGCCUUUUCUAUAUAUAGCUUUGUAUACUGAGAAUGAACCAAAAAGAGCAUACGUGUACAACUGGUGCUCCAAACAAAGUAAGUUUUUUAUGUAUUCUUGAGCACAUUUGCAUAUCUGGUCUAAUACCAUUUUAUUGUUUUCUUUAAAUUGUUUCUCCUUUUCUUUCUGCAGCCAUAAAUAUUCAAAAGAAUGUUGGGUUGCUAAAUUGGAAAUACCUGAAAAGAAAAUAUAACUAACACCUGUAAUAAAUUAAAAUAACAACAAAUAUAUCAAAAUAUGAAAUUAACACAAUCUGGAAAAAUCACUUGAUUCUUCAACCACCCAUCCUUGUCUACCUUACAAUUAAUCCAGGAAGAAUCUAUUCAUUUUUUUGUGACUUCGUGUUUUCCCAAAUUAGAAUGAAGUUAAAUUUAUGGAUUUACAUACUUAUUAAACAAAAAAAUGAAAAUCGAUAGAAAAUAUAACAUCCACUUUGUGAAUUUGUAACAAUAAACCGGGGUGUAGAUAUCCUUUCAAAAAAGUUGGUUGCAUAACAAUAACUCUUGUAUCUAUUGGUAGAAGAGUACCCUGAAAGGUCAUACUGUUUUGGGAGGAAUUGUAAACUUAGUACUAUUAAGUUGUUAGCCUAUAGAAGAUGUUUAUCAAUAUAAAAAUAAUGUUGGUGAUUUUAGGGUCACCACGUCAUUUUAUGUGAUUGGAACUAACAUGUGAGCUAAUGAGCUUCAUAAUUUGUACUUUAAUAUAUGUGCGGAGUGUACACAUGUAUAAGAUCGAAUUAGAAGCCAGUUCGAUGAUAAGAUGGGGGUCUGGGGUUUCCAAAGAGGCAACGCCCUUUAGUGGAGUCGAGGGGCAACGCCCUUAGCGGGGUCCAAGGGGUAGAACUCUUUGUUGGGGUCCUACUGAUAUUAGGGUUUGGAGCAGCGCUCCAAAAGUUCUCCGAAUUUCACAUAUAGGAACAUAAUGAGAAAAUCGAAUUCUUAAGGGUGAUUAUGGUAAAACUGACGAAAUUCAUCAGAUUUGGAAACCCUUGAUUUCCUCAUUAAAUUACGGAUUUCACUGACAUGCUUCCAAAGCAACCCAUGACGGCCAACCCUAAGAGGCAAAGCCUAAAUCUUGCUUAUUAUAUAAACAACUCUUCUCUUUGAGAAGAGGCACACAACUUUUAGCUCUCUUUUCUUCAAACGAACAUAGAAUCCUUCUGGCAAUUUGGCUUGCGAUAUUUGUGCGUGGAUUCGUAAGUGCCCUCUUGGAUUAUCCUAGGCUGAAUUUCUUGCAACCCAAGCAUAUAGUUGAAAUAUCAGUUCGGAAAGUGCUCACACGAUCCAAGGGGUAUCCAGAUCUCCAACAUAAACCCUAAUUCCUCCAACAAGUAGAACCUAAUGACGUUUAAGUGCAUAUUUUUUUUUAUUGAUUUUGUAAAACAGCCACGACAAUAUAUAAUGUAUGAGCAAAAGAAUCCGCUAAAACAUAGUCCGUAUAAGAGAGUUAUACAUAUUUGAAGUUGAAAAAAUUGAACUGAACUUGAACUAAUGAGAGAAAACACCACUUAAAAGAAAUGUUUAGGCAAAACACGAAUGGUAUUUCGAAGCACGGCCAUGCUUUGGUGUCAAGAUGCUAAAAAGAGGGUAGAAAUGGGUUUUAAGGAAGUACAUUGCUAUUCUUGGCAUGGUUGGCAAAAAUACGGUCGUGUUUUGUAAAACUUAGCCCAUGCUUUGGGUUCAAACCCUCUACAACAUUUAUAAGGGGUAAAGGUGGGUUUGGUGGCCCCAUUUAUCUUUAUUAUUUCUAAAAAUCAGAAUUAAGUAAAAGAAAGAGUAAAUUAGACGAAUGGUUCAUAUGGUUUAGGGUAAUUUGUGCGUUUGGUCUUUAACUUAUUUUUUUAACUCGGAAGAUCUCUACUGUUUGGUUUUGUUAUGCGCUUGUUCCCUAGCUUACCUAAAAAACUUAUUUUGCCAUUGAUUUUUUAAUUUAUUUAAAUAAACACACCACCAACCUCAUCACUCUCAUCUUACCUUAGCUACCCCACUAGUUUUCCUUUUUAAAUAAUAAUCUUUUUAGGUAAGAUAAAGACCAAACGCGUAACAAAAACAAACAGUAUGAACCACUGGCGUAACAAAAACAAACAGUAGGGAAUUUCCGAGUUAAAAAGAUAAGUUAGGGAUCAAAUGUGCAAAUUACCCCAAACCAUAGGGACUAUUCAUGUAAUUUACUCUAAAAGAAAUUAUAAGAUAAAUACCAUAAGGAUAAAAAAUCAUUUUAUUUGGACGAAAGACCAAAAUUGCUAAUUUGACUACACCACACGGACCUCCGAUGUAACAAAAAAAAGGUUGAAACAAAGUUGCCUAUUUCUCCAUAUCCAGGGGCCAUUUAUGUAAGAGUUCUCUAAAUUUUAUUUCGGUUCAUCAGUUCUCACAUUUUAACAGGGUAAAGUGCGUGUACGCGCGCACCUGAAAGGUUUAAAGGUAACUUCCAAACUGAAGCAAGAAUCGAUAUGAAGUAUCAAGUUAGAGGUUCAAUUGGUGAAGAAAUCAGCUGGAGGUUGGGGGAUCUAGCUUCCACUGCUGACGUAAAAUCCAUAACCCUAAAUAUUGGAAUUUAUGUUUAAAAAAACUGAUCAAUAAUUUCAGGUGCUUAUUAAAAGGGAAGAAGAAAAGAGAAGCAUUCACACUCACACAGAGGGGCAACUAAAAGUAAAAAUAUUAAGCAAUGGCGAUUGUGGAUUCAGUUGUUGACCCAACAGGGAUUGUUGGUGCCAUUAUUAAUCCAAUUGCUCAAACGGCCUUGGUUCCCCUUACAGACCAUGUAGGCUACAUGAUUUCCUGCAGAAAAUAUGUGAGGGACAUGCAAAUGAAAAUGACAGAGUUAAAUACCUCAAGAAUCAGUGCAGAGGAACACAUUAGCCGGAACACAAGAAAUCAUCUUCAGAUUCCAUCUCAAAUUAAGGAUUGGUUGGACCAAGUAGAAGGGAUCAGAGCGAAUGUUGCAAACUUUCCAAUUGAUGUCAUCAGUUGUUGUAGUCUCAGGAUCAGGCACAAGCUUGGACAGAAAGCCUUCAAGAUAACUGAGCAGAUCGAAAGUCUAACGAGACAAAAUUCGCUGAUUAUCUGGACUGAUGAACCUGUUCCCCUGGGAAGAGUUGGUUCCAUGAUUGCAUCCACCUCUGCAGCAUCAAGUGAUCAUCAUGAUGUCUUCCCUUCAAGAGAGCAAAUUUUUAGGAAAGCACUAGAAGCACUUGAACCCGUCCAAAAAUCCCACAUAAUAGCCUUAUGGGGGAUGGGCGGAGUGGGGAAGACCACGAUGAUGAAGAAGCUGAAGGAGGUCGUGGAACAAAAGAAAAUGUUCAAUAUUAUUGUUCAAGUGGUCAUAGGAGAGAAGACAAACCCUAUUGCUAUUCAGCAAGCUGUAGCAGAUUACCUCUCUAUUGAGCUGAAAGAAAACACUAAAGAAGCAAGAGCUGAUAAGCUUCGUAAAUGGUUCGAGGACGAUGGAGGAAAGAAUAAGUUCCUUGUAAUACUUGAUGAUGUAUGGCAGUUUGUUGAUCUUGAAGAUAUUGGUUUAAGUCCUCUGCCAAAUAAAGGUGUCAACUUCAAGGUCUUGUUGACGUCAAGAGAUUCACAUGUUUGCACUCUGAUGGGAGCCGAAGCCAAUUCAAUUCUCAAUAUAAAAGUUUUAACAGCUGUAGAAGGACAAAGUUUGUUCCGCCAGUUUGCUAAAAAUGCGGGUGAUGAUGACCUGGAUCCUGCUUUCAAUAGGAUAGCAGAUAGUAUUGCAAGUAGAUGUCAAGGUUUGCCCAUUGCCAUCAAAACCAUUGCCUUAAGUCUUAAAGGUAGAAGCAAGUCUGCAUGGGACGUUGCACUUUCUCGUCUGGAGAAUCAUAAGAUUGGUAGUGAAGAAGUUGUGCGUGAAGUUUUUAAAAUUAGCUAUGACAAUCUCCAAGAUGAGGUUACUAAAUCUAUUUUUUUACUUUGUGCUUUAUUUCCUGAAGAUUUUGAUAUUCCUACUGAGGAGUUGAUGAGGUAUGGAUGGGGCUUGAAAUUAUUUAUAGAAGCAAAAACUAUAAGUGAAGCAAGAAACAGGCUCAACACCUGCACUGAGCGGCUUAGGGAGACAAAUUUGUUAUUUGGAAGUGAUUACUUUGGGUGCGUCAAGAUGCACGAUGUGGUGCGUGAUUUUGUUUUGCAUAUGUUUUCAGAAGUCGAGCAUGCUUCAAUUGUCAACCAUGGUAACAUGUCAGAGUGGCCAGAGAAAAAUGAUACCAGCAACUCUUGUAAAAGAAUUUCAUUAACAUGCAAGGGUAUGUCUAAGUUUCCUAAAGACCUCAACUAUCCAAACCUUUCAAUUUUGAAACUUAUGCAUGGAGAUAAGUCGCUGAGCUUUCCUGAAGACUUUUAUGGAAAGAUGGAAAAGGUUCAGGUAAUAUCAUAUGAUAAAUUGAUGUAUCCAUUGCUUCCCUCAUCACUUGAAUGCUCCACUAACGUUCGAGUGCUUCAUCUCCAUUAUUGUUCAUUAAGGAUGUUUGAUUGCUCUUCAAUUGGUAAUCUUCUCAACAUGGAAGUGCUCAGCUUUGCUAAUUCUAACAUUGAAUGGUUACCAUCUACAAUUGGAAAUUUGAAGAAGCUAAGGCUACUAGAUUUGACAAAUUGUAAAGGUCUUCGUAUAGAUAAUGGUGUCUUAAAAAAUUUGGUCAAACUUGAAGAGCUUUAUAUGGGUGUUAAUCGUCUGUAUGGACAGGCCGUUAGCUUGACAGAUGAAAACUGCAAUGAAAUGGCAGAGCGUUCAAAAAACCUUCUUGCACUAGAAUCUAAGUUGUUUAAAUACAAUGCUCAAGUGAAGAAUAUAUCCUUUGAGAAUCUUGAACGAUUCAAGAUCUCAGUGGGACGUUCUUUAGAUGGAUCUUUCAGUAAAAGCAGGCACUCAUACGAAAACACGUUGAAGUUGGCCAUUGACAAAGGCGAACUAUUGGAAUCCCGAAUGAACGGGUUGUUUGAGAAAACGGAGGUUCUUUGUUUAAGUGUGGGGGAUAUGUAUCAUCUUUCAGAUGUUAAGGUGAAGUCCUCUUCGUUCUACAAUUUAAGAGUCCUUGUCGUUUCAGAGUGUGCAGAGUUGAAACACCUCUUCACACUUGGUGUUGCAAAUACUUUGUCAAAGCUUGAGCAUCUUGAAGUCUACAAAUGCGAUAAUAUGGAAGAACUCAUACAUACCGGGGGUAGUGAAGGAGAUACAAUUACAUUCCCCAAGCUGAAGCUUUUAUAUUUGCAUGGGCUGCCAAACCUAUUGGGUUUGUGUCUUAAUGUCAACGCAAUUGAGCUACCAGAACUUGUGCAAAUGAAGCUUUACAGCAUUCCGGGUUUCACAAGCAUUUAUCCGCGGAACAAGUUGGAAGCAUCUAGUUUGUUGAAAGAAGAGGUUGUGAUUCCUAAGUUGGAUAUACUUGAAAUUCAUGACAUGGAGAAUUUAAAGGAAAUAUGGCCUAGUGAGCUUAGUAGAGGUGAGAAAGUUAAGUUGAGAGAGAUUAAAGUGAGAAAUUGUGAUAAACUUGUGAAUCUAUUUCCACACAAUCCCAUGUCUCUGCUGCAUCAUCUUGAAGAGCUUAUAGUCGAGAAAUGUGGUUCCAUUGAAGAGUUGUUCAACAUCGACUUGGAUUGUGCCAGUGUAAUUGGAGAAGAAGACAACAACAGCAGCUUAAGAAACAUCAAUGUGGAGAAUUCAAUGAAGCUAAGAGAGGUGUGGAGGAUAAAAGGUGCAGAUAACUCUCGUCCCCUCUUUCGUGGCUUUCAAGUUGUUGAAAAGAUAAUCAUUACGAGAUGUAAGAGGUUUACAAAUGUAUUCACACCUAUCACCACAAAUUUUGAUCUGGGGGCACUUUUGGAGAUUUCAGUUGAUUGUAGAGGAAAUGAUGAAUCAGACCAGAGUAACCAAGAGCAAGAGCAGACUGAUAUUCUGUCAGAGGAAGAGACAUUACAAGAAGCCACUGCCAGUAUUUCUAAUGUUGUAUUCCCACCCUGUCUCAUGCACUCUUUUCAUAACCUCCAUAAACUUAAAUUGGAUAAUUAUGAAGGAGUGGAGGUGGUGUUUGAGAUAGAGAGUGAGAGUCCAACAUGUAGAGAAUUGGUAACAACUCACAAUAACCAACAACAGCCUAUUAUACUUCCCUACCUCCAGGAAUUGUAUCUAAGGAAUAUGGACAACACGAGUCAUGUGUGGAAGUGCAGCAACUGGAAUAAUUUCUUCACUCUUCCAAAACAACAAUCAGAAUCCCCAUUCCACAACCUCACAACCAUAAAUAUUGAGUUUUGCAGAAGCAUUAAGUACUUGUUUUCACCUCUCAUGGUAGAACUUCUUUCCAACCUAAAGAAACUCCAUAUAGAAAGAUGUGAUGGUAUUGAAGAAGUUGUUUCAAACAGAGAUGAUGAGGAUGAAGAAAUGACUACAUCUACCCACACAACCACCAACUUGUUCCCUCAUCUUAAUUCUCUCACUCUAAGAUUCAUGAGGAAUCUGAAUAGUAUUGGUGGAGGUGGUGCCAAGGAUGAGGGGAGCAAUGAAAUAUCUUUCAACAAUACCACUACAACUACUGCUGUUCUUGAUCAAUUUGAGUUGUCUGAAGCAGGUGGUGUUUCUUGGAGCUUAUGCCAAUACUCUAGAGAGAUAAUUAUAUAUGAAUGCCAUGCAUUGUCAAGUGUGAUUCCAUGUUAUGCAGCAGGACAAAUGCAAAAGCUUCAAGUGCUGACAGUAAUGUAUUGUGAUGGUCUGAAGGAGGUAUUUGAAACUCAAUUAGGGACGAGCAGCAACAAAAACAGAAAGAGUGGUGGUGAUGAAGGAAAUGGUGGAGUUCCAAGAGUAAAUAACAAUGUUAUUAUGCUUCCCAAUCUAAAGAUAUUAAGAAUUGAAAAUUGUGAUGGUUUGGAACAUAUAUUCACAUUCUCUGCACUUGAAAGCCUGAGACAGCUCCAAGAGUUAAAGAUAGAGGAUUGCUACAGAAUGAAAGUGAUUGUGAAGAAGGAAGAAGAUGAAUAUGGAGAGCAGCAAACAACAACAACAACAACGAAGGGGGCAUCUUCUUCUUCUUCUUCUUCUUCUUCUUCUAAGAAGGUUGUGGUCUUUCCUUGUCUAAAGUCCAUUGUAUUGGUCAAUCUACCAGAGCUGGUAGGAUUCUUCUUGGGGAAGAAUGAGUUCCAGAUGCCUUCAUUAGAUAAACUUAUCAUCACGGAAUGCCCAAAAAUGAUGGUGUUUGCAGCUGGUGGGUCCACAGCUCCCCAACUCAAGUAUAUACACACAGAAUUAGGCAGACAUGCUCUUGAUCAAGAAUCUGGCCUUAACUUUCAUCAGACCUCAUUCCAAAGUUUAUACGGUGACACCUUGGGCCCUGCUACUUCAGAAGGGACAACUUGGUCUUUUCAUAACUUGAUCGAAUUAUAUAUGGAAUUUAAUGAUGAUGUUAAAAAGAUUAUUCCAUCCAGUGAGUUGCUGCAACUGCAAAAGCUGGAAAAGAUUCAUGUAAGCUGGUGUGAUGGGGUAGAGGAGGUAUUUGAAACUGCAUUGGAAGCAGCAGGGAGAAAUGGAAAUAGUGGAAUUGGUUUUGAUGAAUCGUCACAAACAACUACCACUACUCUUGUCAAUCUUCCAAACCUUGGAGAAAUGAAGUUACGGGGUCUCGAUUGUCUGAGGUAUAUAUGGAAGAGCAAUCAGUGGACAGCAUUUGAGUUUCCAAACCUAACAAGAGUUGAAAUUAGUGUAUGCAAUAGGUUAGAACAUGUAUUUACUAGUUCCAUGGUUGGUAGUCUAUUGCAACUCCAAGAGCUACGCAUAUGGAACUGCAGUCAGAUAGAGGUCGUGAUUGUUCAGGAUGCAGAUGUUUCUGUAGAAGAAGACAAAGAGAAAGAAUCUGAUGGCAAGACGAAUAAGGAGAUACUUGCGUUACCUCAUCUAAAGUCCUUGAAAUUACAACUUCUUCAAAGUCUUAAGGGGUUUAGCUUGGGGACAGCAUUUGAGUUUCCAAAACUAACAAGAGUUGAAAUUAGUAAUUGCAACAGUUUAGAACAUGUAUUUACUAGUUCCAUGGUUGGUAGUCUAUCGCAACUCCAAGAGCUACAUAUAGAUUACUGCAGACAAAUGGAGGAGGUGAUUGUUAAGGAUGCAGAUGUUUGUGUAGAAGAAGACAAAGAGAAAGAAUCUGAUGGCAAGACGAAUAAAGAGAUACUUGUGUUACCUCGUCUAAAGUCCUUGACAUUAGAAUGGCUUCCAUGUCUUAAGGGGUUUAGCUUGGGGAAGGAGGAUUUUUCAUUCCCAUUAUUGGAUACUUUGAGCAUUUCCAGAUGCCCAGCAAUAACCACCUUCACCAAGGGAAAUUCCACUACUCCACAGCUAAAAGAAAUUGAAACAAAUUUUGGCUCGUUUUAUGCUGCAGGGGAAAAAGACAUCAACUCUCUUAUAAAGAUCAAACAACAGGAUUUCAAACAAGACUCUGAUUAAUGUGAAGUGAAUAUUAAAGGAUGAAUAUUCAAGGGAAGAAUUGUUCAUCAUAUGAAGGACAUUAAAGAACAUGGAUGCUAUGAAGAUGUUGGGAAAACAUAUGUAUCAAGUGGCAAGCUGCUUAAUGAUCUAAGUUUGUUGGUUGAGGAUGUUGAUUUCAAUAUUUCAAAUUCAUUGGUUAUAUGGGCUUAUCAAUAGUGUUAAUGGGAUAAUGAGUGACUUAACCUAAAUUAUGUUGUUGGUAAAUGUUGGACAAGUAUGGAAAAUUAGGAAUGACUUGUGAAAAAUAUAUGCAAAAGUAGGAUUGAGAUUUUCAAUGAAAA